AGGGAGCUCUGUAGGAGCUGUUGUCGUUCGAAACGGAACGGAUAGGUGGGACCGAAGACAGAGGAAAAUAAGUGCUAGUAGCAGUGGGGAAGUAAUUCACAGCACUGCACCGGGACCACUAAAUAAUUGAUUUGAAAUCGUUUUUGGAAGGCAGGACGUCUCCCUUCGUCUUCGUUACUGUCUGCGGAACAAGUGUCACUAGCAACAGACGGUUCUGUUGCAUCAUUUUUGCAGCAGGUGACCCCCACCCCUCCGCCAAAAUCCGGCUAUUAGAUGUGACCACGAGGUUGAUCAGGAGAAGCCACCAUGUCUUAAACACAGACGGGCCCUCCGGAGCCCUGUCCCCCCACCCUGGACCACCCUCCCCCUCCCCCAUCCACCACCUUACCCCUUCUCCCAGUCCCAUCCCACUCCCAGACCUCCCUGCUCAUGUGCGGGACAGGCUACCCGGCCCUGGCUCCCCACUGGCGCACCCCUCCCCUCCCUCUGUAGAGAUGAACCUGCAGAAGCACCAGCAGUUGGGUGGUGGUAGUGGUGGGGUGAUGGGUUCUGACCGGGACCUGCAGUCCACUGCUUCCUCCAUCUCUCUGCCCUCUGUGAAGAAGGCCCCCAAGAAGAGGCGCCUAUCCCUGGCCUCUCUUUUCCGCCGACGAGGUCGGGAGCCCAAAUCAGGGCGCCAAAGGUCCCGAGAGCUCCAACACCCUGGAACUGGAGGGCUUGGGGGGGUGGAUGGCAUCGCCAGCAUCGAGAGCAUCCACUCUGAGAUGUGUAAUGACAAGAACUCUGCCUUCUUCUCUGUGGCUGGGACCGGAGCUGCCUCUGUUGCUGCUGCUGCCUCCACCUCAUCUGCCUCAGGGCCCUCUUCCUCUACCACCUCCUCCUCCUCCUCGAAGGCGGGGGGUGGAGUGGGAGGAGAGCUACUGGAGUGCCCGCUGUGCCUUCUGCGCCACUCCAGGGAGAGCUUCCCUGACAUCAUGACCUGUCACCACCGCUCCUGUAUUGAUUGCCUACGCCAGUACCUGCGCAUUGAGAUCUCAGAGUCGCGUGUCAACAUCAGCUGCCCUGAGUGCUCAGAGCGCUUUAACCCACACGACAUCCGCAUGAUCCUGGGUGACCGGGUGCUCAUGGAGAAAUAUGAGGAGUUCAUGCUGAGGAGGUGGCUUGUUGCUGACCCUGACUGCCGCUGGUGCCCUGCGCCUGACUGUGGAUAUGCAGUGAUCGCUUUUGGGUGCGCCAGCUGUCCUAAGAUCACGUGCGGCAGGGAUGGCUGUGGCACAGAGUUCUGUUACCACUGUAAGCAGCUCUGGCAUCCCAACCAGACCUGUGAUGCGGCACGACAGCAGAGAGCUCAGAGCCUCCGCCUCAGGACGGUCCGCUCGUCCUCCCUAAGCUACAGCCAAGAGAGCGGAGCUGCAGCUGAUGACAUUAAGCCAUGUCCGCGCUGUGCUGCUUACAUCAUCAAGAUGAAUGACGGCAGCUGUAACCACAUGACCUGCGCCGUCUGUGGCUGUGAGUUCUGCUGGCUCUGCAUGAAGGAGAUCUCAGACCUGCACUACCUGAGUCCAUCAGGCUGUACUUUUUGGGGGAAGAAGCCAUGGAGCAGGAAGAAAAAGAUUCUUUGGCAACUGGGAACACUUGUUGGUGCCCCUGUUGGCAUUGCACUCAUCGCCGGCAUAGCUAUCCCCGCCAUGAUUAUUGGCAUCCCUGUGUACGUGGGAAGGAAGAUUCAUAACCGCUAUGAAGGCAAAGACAUCUCCAACCACAAGAGGAACCUGGUGAUCGCUGGUGGAGUAACUCUCUCUGUCAUUGUGUCUCCAGUGGUGGCUGCAGUCACUGUCGGCAUUGGAGUUCCCAUCAUGCUGGCUUAUGUCUAUGGUGUGGUGCCCAUCUCGCUGUGCCGUAGCGGAGGUUGUGGCGUCUCAGCUGGGAAUGGCAAAGGAGUUCGCAUAGAGUUUGACGACGAGAAUGACAUGAAUGUUGGCAGUGGGGCAGCUGCCACCGAUACUACAUCAGUGGCCGACACCAGAAACAACCCCAGUAUAGGUGAAGGCAGUGUUGGGGGGCUGACAGGCAGCCUGAGUGCCAGUGGCAGCCACAUGGACCGUCUGGGGGCCAUCAGGGACAACCUGAGUGAGACAGCAUCCACCAUGGCCCUGGCUGGAGCCAGCAUCACCGGCAGCCUCUCUGGCAGCGCCAUGGUUAAUUACCUAAACAGGCUGGAGGUGCAGGCCGAUGUGCAGAAGGAGCGCUGCAGCCUGAGCGGCGAGUCUGGCACCGUCAGCCUGGGCACAAUCAGCGACAACGCUAGCACCAAAGCAAUGGCUGGAUCCAUUCUUAAUGCCUACAUGCCCCUUGACAGGGAUGGGAACAGUAUGGAGGUCCAGGUUGACAUUGAAUCCAAACCCGGCAAACUACGGCACCACAGCGGCAGCAGCAGUGUAGACGAUGGCAGCCAAGUUGGCCGUUGCGGCUGGACCUGCCCCUCCAAUGGCUGCACUUCUUCAGAAGGCAGAGGAACCUCCACUAAGUGGGCCAAAGAGGCCUCCUGCUCCUCCUCCUCCAGCUCAGGGGGCAAAAAGAGCAAAGGCAAGCUGCGCAAGAAAGGCGGCGGAGGCACCAAGAUCAACGAGACACGGGAGGACAUGGACGCUCAGCUGCUGGAGCAGCGCAGCACCAACUCCUCAGAGUUCGACUCUCCCUCGCUGAGUGGCAGCCUGCCCUCUGUGGCCGACUCCCACUCCAGCCACUUCUCUGAGUUCAGCUGCUCUGACCUGGAAAGCAUGAAGACGUCCUGUAGCCACGGCUCCGGCGGGGGCGACUACCACACACGCUUCGCCACAGUCAGCCCCUUACCAGAGGUGGAGAAUGACCGCCUGGAGACAUGCCCCGCUUCUUCAUCCUCCUCACAGGGACAAGGAGCUGUGAUCACUCCCCACUCCCCUACCUCCACCUCGUCCUCCCUCGGCCACGGCGCAGAGCUCUCCCCUCUCUGCUUCAUCACAGAGGAGAAUGUCAACCUGGUGUGCCCUGCUGAGCUGGACUCUCACAGUAACACCAGAGAGCUGCUAAAAGAAACCAACAACAACCACCACCAACCACAGCACCCAACCCAAACCCAGCAGCAGCCCAAGAACUCCUGUAUACAGACUGACAUAUAAAAAAAAUCUCAAUACCUUAAGUGCUGCACAGACGCUCUUUUUAGUUAACAUCUUUUCCUCCACUAAACUAACAGUCACAGCUUACGGUUUAACCUGCAUUUCUGUUAUUCCCUUGUAAAGGGAACGUGUUAUUUUGGGAUUUAUGUCCUUCAUAAAAAGCAACCCUGAGUAAAACAGAUGUGUGUGUCCACUGACUGCCAGAGGGCUUGAUGUAAGUAAUAAGGGGUUUCCAAAGUGCAGCCAUGUGAGAAAUGUUAAGGUUGUGAAUGCUGGUGUUUCUCCCUGUGUGACCCGCAGACUGCUGACGCUUUUUUUUUUUUUUU